AGUGGCGACGGGGCUCACAAUUCACAAUGUCAAUUAAUCUUGAACAGUUAGAAUCUUUACUGGAACGUCAAGGUAAACGAUAUGAACAGUUCCAGGAACGUAUGUUGGAGCUGUUAAUGAAACAAAUGAAUUUGAAUCACAGAGGUUUUGCCGAUUAUUCAUAUAAUCCGCAUACAGACUCGAUAGUUAAUUCCAUUCAUGAAUUUCAUUUUGAUGGCCUUGCUGGUGUGACUUUCGAGUCUUGGUUUAAGAAGUAUGAGGAUUUGUUCAAGGUCGACCUCAACAAUCUUGAUGACGCCACCAAAGUCAGAAUCCUUUUGAGAAAGCUCGGCACAAUCGAACACGAACGUUAUAGUAAUUUCAUCCUCCCAAAGAACCCACGAGAUUUCUCUUUUGAUGCUACAAUUGAUACGCUGUCGCAAAUCUUCUCUGAACAGUCAUCUCUCUUUAAUAUUCGUUAUCAAUGCCUCAAAAUAAUCAAGUCAAAUGAAGAUGACUGGGUAAAGCAUGCUGGCUUAGUAAAUCGUGAAUGCGAACGAUUUAAAUUAUCAUCAAUGACGGAAGAUCAGUUUAAGUGCCUUGUGUUUGUGUGCAGCUUACAAUCUCCCGACGAUGCUGAUAUAAGAACCAGAAUCCUAAGUAAAAUUGAACAGUGCCCAAACAUCUCGCUUCAACAAAUAACUGCAGAGUGUCAGAGAUUAGUAAACUUGAAGCAUGAUACCUCCAUGGUCGAAAACAAGGGCCUCUCAUCAUACGUGCAUUCCAUUAGUGAAAAGAAAAAUUCCAAUUCGGCCCAAAAACCCAAAAUGAAUCCACCUUCUGCUUGCUGGCACUGCGGUUCAUGGCACUAUGUACGGAACUGCCCAUUUAGGCAGCAUAGAUGCAGGAAGUGUAAAGUCAUCGGUCAUAGAGAUGGCUUUUGCCUACAGAAAAAGCCAAAGCGAUCCAGAAGUGCCAAGAAGCCUGUUCCUAGAUCCAGUACCAAUGCAUUGAGCCUAAUAUCUUCCUGCCAAAGCUCAUCAUCAGAAUGCAAAUAGAUACUGCAUCUGAUGUCACUAUCCUCUCACGCAAAAAUUGGACCAAAUUGGGCAGCCCAAGCCUGCAGCACACAACACAAAAGCCUCGUACAGCAUGUGGUAAUUAUCUUCAUCUGUUAGGACAAUUGGAAUGUAAAGUUGCUUUCCGAGAUUCGUCGUUUACUGGGAUUGGUUCGACCAGCUAAAAUUGGCUGAUGUCCCGCUAAAUACCAUAUGCAACCUGGUAUCACAACGACAUGACCCAGAAGCGUAUACGAAGAACCACGCAGAAUGUUAUCUGACAA